CAGGAGGAUACAGAAUUAUGGACGCAGCUCAGUCUCCAUAGACCCCUGUGAGUUUGGACUGUAGACUCAAGCUACUGAAAAACUAAGAACUGAAUCCAGAACAGAGGUUCAACUUCUGUUGGGAUUGAGAGACGGGUUGGAGCACAACUUGACUGACCCCAGGGCAGAGGUAUGGCAUCAUCACCCCUGCACUAUGGACGAUCAGCCAGGGAUAUUGCCAAUGUAAUGCAGAGACUGCAAGAUGAGCAAGAGGCAGUGCAGAAGAGGACGUUCACUAAAUGGAUCAAUUCCCACUUGGCAAAGCGUGUCCCGUCCCUGGUGGUGACGGACCUGUUUGAGGACAUCAAGGAUGGGGUGAUGCUGCUGGCCCUGCUGGAGAUCUUGUCUGGACAGAAGCUGCCAUGUGAGCAGGGGAGGAAGCUGCGGAGGAUCCACUGGGUCUCCAACAUCGGCACGGCGCUCAACUUCCUGGAGGGCAGAAAGAUCAAGCUAGUCAACAUCAACUCGACUGACAUCGUCGAUGGAAGACCAUCUAUCGUACUGGGGUUGAUUUGGACAAUAAUCCUCUAUUUCCAGAUAGAGGAGUUGACCAGUAACCUGCCAGCGCUCCAGGCCCUUUCUAGCAGCACCUCCUCAGUGGACAGCUCCGACACCACCAGCCCGCCUGUUAAGAGGAGGCCCCUCCCCCCGCUGCAGGGUGGGGCCAGGAAGGCCCUACUCAGAUGGGUCCAGCAGACCGCCACCAAGCGUCUGGGGAUCGACGUGAAUGACUUUGGGCCGAGCUGGCGUACAGGUGUGGCAUUCUUCGCAGUGAUACUCUCUCUUCGACCCCACCUGGUCGACAUGGAGCGUGUGCGGAGGAGAGCCAAUCGAGAGAACCUUCAGGAAGCCUUCUCAUUGGCCGAGACUGAGCUGGGCAUUCCGCAGCUACUGGACCCAGAAGAUGUGGAUGUUGACAAACCGGAUGAGAAGUCCAUCAUGACGUACGUGGCCCAGUUUCUGAAGCACCACCCCAACCCUGGUCACCAGCAGAACAGUGACUCGGACUCCCAGCCAGAGGAAGAGAGAGAGCAGCGCAAGGGCCUGAGGGAGCUGAAGACCUGGCUGGAUCAGCUGGAGCUAGACACAGCACGUACUCAGGAGACCAAGGGCAACCUCAGCCAGCAGUAUCAGUCCUUUAAGAGUGUACGUGUUCAAUUGGAGAUGAAUAGGAAGCAGGUGGAGGCAGCGGUCCUGUCCACGCAGAAGGAUGGGAUGUUGACCGUGGACCAGGCUCUGGUUAAACAGGCCUGGGACAGAGUGUCCAACAGGCUCCUAGGGUGGCACCUGCAGCUGGACAGGGCUCUGCCCGCCCCCCUGGGUGUGGUGGGGGAGUGGCUGCACCAGGCUGAGGGGGCACUCCGACAGGAGGUCACUAUUCAACAGACAUCUGACGCGACAUCUAACACUGUCCACAUGACCCUGGAGCAACACAAGGACAUGCUCAAAGGUCUUGAAGGUCACCAGCAGGUCUUCCAGAGGAUCCAUAAAGACAGAAGUGUCAACGGAGUCCCCGUCCCCCCAGAGCAGCUGCAGGACAUGGCAGAGAGAAUGAACUUUGUAUUGACUUCGUCAAACAUUCAUCUGGCCAAGAUGGAGUUCUGGGAGAAUAAACACCACAUGCAGGCGUUCCUGAUGCUGGCAGAGUCCAAGCUCAAAUCCUGGAUCAUCAAAUAUGGCCGACGAGAAUCAGUGGAGUUAAUGUUACAGAACUAUGUUUCAUUUGUUGAAGGACAGCAGUUCUUUGAGCAGUACGAGACAUUGUUCCAGACUCUGAAACAGUCUUCUGAGCUCUAUGUCAAGGCUGAUGGCACAGUGGAUGAAGGCGAGGCGGGGGUUAGGAGGUUCAUGCGGGAGGUGUUGACCCAGUGGAGGAGUCUGUCUGUGGAGGUGCGCAGUGUAAGGAGCAUGCUGGAUGAGGUGCUCUCUAACUGGGAGAGGUACAGCUGCACUGUGGCCUCUCUACAGGCCUGGCUUGAGGAUGCAGAGGGAGCACUCAGCCAGCCUGAAAACAUCAAACGGGAGUUCUUCCGCAACCUUUCUCAGUGGAUGGAUCAGCACUCUGUGAUGAACGACGCAGGGAACUUCUUGAUUGAGACAUGUGACGAGACUGUGUCACGUGACCUGAAACAGCAGCUUCUCCUGCUCAACGGGAGGUGGAGGGACCUGUUCGUCAAAGUCAAGCAGUACGCCCGUGAAGACGAGCUGGACAAGUGUAGGAGGGACCACAUGAGGGCCAUCUCUGCCCUGAGGGAGCUGCUGGACGGUGCAGAGGUGAAGCUCAAUGCCCCUGUACAGGUCUCCUUCCUCAACAUCAGGUCUUUCCUACAGGAUGUGGAGAACACCAAGAAAAAGGUUGUUGCCAUGGAGACUCAGUACAAGUUGGCUGCCUGCAGUGCCCAGCUCCUGUCCAAGGAUGCCCCGCAGGAGGAGGGCGCCAAGGCCAUGGCUACUAUGACAACGGUCAAAGGUCAACUCAGUAAGGUGAGGGAGAGGUGCCCUUCUCUGGUGAGGGAGUGCCAUGGACUGCUCCCCCUGCUGGAGGAAAUGGAGAAGCACAUCACAGGCUUCUACCAGGCUCUGGAGAGGGCCAUCCGGAUCACUGCAGCAGGCAGAGACCCAAAGCCACAGGCCCAGGUCCAGGGACAACAUAAACAGAAGUGGCAGGACCUCCUGAGCCAGCAGCAGAGCUGUAAGAUGUGUUUAUCUGUGAUUGAGAGGAACCUCCACUCCCUGCAGAGGACGCUCUCCUCCAGCAAGGCCCUGAGGAACUUCGACCAGACCCUCCUGCAGAAGAGAGUGGCCGAGAUUCAGACCUCUGCACAAGGUCUGUUGAAGGAGGUGGGGGAGUGGAGGAGGCAGGAGGAGGCCAACAGCACCAUGAGGAGGAGGUUUGAGGAGUCUCGUCAGGAGCUGGAGAGAGUGCUGAAGGUGGCAACCACCUCCCUGAGAGAGGAGGGAAACGCAGAGGAGCUGCUGAAAAAACAAAGCGAGUUCUUUGGGCAGCUAGACCAGCGGGUCCUGAGUGUGUUCUUAAAGGCCUGUGACGAUCUGACAGACAUCCUGCCUGAGGAGGAGCAGCAGGCGCUGCAGGACACUGUCAGGACGCUGCACAAACAGUGGAAGGACAUCCAGAUGGAGGCGCCGUUUCACCUGCAGCGUCUGAAGGUGGAGGCAGAGCGAGGCCGGGCAGGGGCCGUCCUACAGGAGUGCAGGGCGGAGCUGGCCAGAGAGAUCCAAGCACUGACCACCACAGGCAGCGAGACAGUCAUCAGAGAACACAGGGCCUUCUUCAGGGAGAAAGCACCUCUCAGUGUGUGUGAGAAGAGCAUAGGCAACAUGAAGGAGCUCUGUCAGACACUCCCUGACAACGACCCGGCUAGACAAAUCCUGGACUCCACCAGGAGGGCCCUGGCAGACGUCAAAGGUCAGAUAGAGGCCACCCACCUGAAGCUGCAGCAGCACUCCCAGUGGAAGGAGUGGAAUGACAGGUUCUCAGAGCUCUCUGAUUGGCUGUUGUCUCAGAGAAGCCAGGUGAGGCUCCUGAGGGAGAGAGCCAGAGAUCGCUCCCACCAGGAACAGGUGGAUACUACUGUCCAGGAGCUCCAGAGGGCAGCCGAGGGGCAGGAGGAGAGCCUGUCCUGGCUGAAUAGUCGUCUGGCUGUACUGACAGAGGUCAGUCCUGAGGUGGAGGCUAUUAGACAGAGGGCUGCCCUGGCCAAACUCUCCUCUGACCUCACCGCCCUCCUCUCCUCUCUCUUGGAGUGGGGUCAGGAGGGGUCUGUGAGGGUCCACAGUGAGGAGCUGAGGGAGGAUGUGCGUUGUGCUCUGGAGGAGGUUCUCAGGGCUCGGAGGGAGGCUCAGGAGCAGACCAGCAGGAUCCUGGAGGCAGAGAACCCAGAGGAGGCCAGGCAGCUGCUCCUCAUACACCAGCAGCACCUGAAGCGUCUGCAGACCGACAGGAAGAAGGCAGAGCUACUAGUCGCUCACUGUCGCCAGCUGCAGAAGGCGGAGGGGCUUAGUAGCUCACUACGGGAACUAGAGGGUGCUUUCAGAGAGGUGGACCGCAAAGUAGGGGCCCAGGAGCACAAUCUGCAGGCGACUCUGGGUGCAUGGCAGGAGUUUGACGCAGAGAGAGAGGCAGUAUGGCAGUUUGUCAGCAGUACCAGCCCUGUCUUACAGAGGGAACUCAUCUUCAGCAGCCUGGACAGCCUCAGGACUGAGCUGGGGUGUACCAAGGGGCUCCAUAAGAAGAGUGUGGAGUAUGUGGUACAGACAGACUCCCUGUCGAGGAAGGCAGCAGAGAUUCAGUUGGGUCCUAAGAACCAGACCCUCCUACAGCAGCAAGCCCAGCAGGCCACACAACAAGUCACACAACUGGAGGCCAGCCUCAAGAAGAAUGUUGACCUGCUGGAGAUGGUGUGUGUUUGGUGGGAGCGUUUCAUCAGGGAGUCAGACUCCUUCUCCUCCUGGAUCUCAGAGAGGGAGCGAGAGCUGGACACUGUGGACUCCAACUCCUCCUCAGACCCCCUUGAGAAACACAUCGGCACAGUGGAGUUUGUUGGAGCAAGACUAGAAGAGAGGGCAGCCAUCUUGUCCCACCUGGAGGUGGAGUCAGAGGCUCUGUCAGGGUUUGUGACCCCUGGGGAGGCGGGGCGUAUCCGGGCGCGGCUGGCUCAGAUGGAGCGGUACUGGGAGGAGCUUAAGGAGAGCGUAGAGCAGCUGGGGGGACAGCUCAACCAGAGCGCCACCUGCAGGCAGAGGUUUAACAACAACCUGGAACAGGUGAAGACAACGAUGGUUGACCUCAAAGAGAAGCUGGACAUCACCAUCACCUGCUGUACAUCCUCCUCAGAGACCUACAGAGUUCUCCAGGACCAUAUGGACGUAGUCCAGGCCUUGGAGCAGCUGAAGCCCAGGCUGGUGGCACUGUGCUUGGGGAAAAAGAGGCUGGGUAAAGGGGAUCUGCUGGAGGGAGAGGUGGCUAACCUCCAGAAGGACCAGGGAGAAUACAUAGAGCAGGCUGCAGAGAAACAGGCUACACUGGAGAAACUGCUGGGUGUGGUGAGUUUGGGGGCGUGUCUCUACCCUACAGCACCAGAGGGGCGGGUCAGAGAACUCACUGAUGACAUUACACAGCUGGAGGAGAGAAGCACCUCAAUGAAAAACAGUAUAACACAAAGGCUGCAGCAGCUGCAGACACACCUGUCUCAGGUGGAGCUCUUUGACGAGGCCCUGCUGACCCUCACCCAGUGGAGCGAGAACUUCCUGUCUGUACUCAGAACGAAUUCCCAGGUCAACAUAGCUGACCUGCAGGCUGCUGUCACCCAGGUCAAGGAGCAUGAGGAGUCCCUCCAGGAGCAGACAGCCCUGAGAGAGACCCUGCAGCAGAGAGAGUCCUCCCUCCUCUCCUUCUCCUCCCCAGAGGCCCAGCAGCAGCUCCAGGGCCAGAGGGAGGACUGCCUGCAGCCCCUCAGCGAAGCCCAACACCUGCUCCUUCUCCGUGGAGAGAGCCUGGCUGAGCUGGGGGUCUUCCUCCAGAGCCAUGGAGCUGCAGCCGGGGAGGUCAGGGGCCUCCGGGAGGCUGUGGAGGGCAGGGGGAGCUGGGACCGUUCGAAGGCUGAGGAGCUGCACCACACGCUGGGAGAGGUGGCCGGGGAUGUGGCCCGUCUGGAGGCCCAGGCAGUGGGGUUGGAUGGGAGGCUCAGCAAGGCCCACCUCCACCUGAGUGGGGCGGAGUGGAAAGGCUCCAGGGAGGGGGGUCUGGGUCAAGGUCCCGGCCAGGGGAGGACGUCGUGCAGGGGCCAGGCUGUGGCCCUCAUGGUGGCCCUGGAGGGGGUGCAGCGAGGCCUGGGGUGGAGGCAGAGCCAGGCGGAGGCCCUGGGGGCACUGUGGACCUCCUUCAGGGAGAGGAGGGAGGAGGUGAUGAGGAGUCUGAGGGAGCUGGAGGAGAGGGCCAGGCAGGAGGGGGCCAGAGAGAGCAGCGUACAAGCCUUUCAGAACCGUCUGCGAUUCUUUGUCCAGUUGGAGGAUGAGCUUCAGUCUCUGCAGCAUUCCCAGCAGUGGCUGAGGGAGAGGGGAAGCCAGCUGGCCCAGAGAGACAGUGAGCUGGCUGGGGAGGCACUCAGGGAGGUGGGCCUGGUGGAAACAGCCUGGGAGAACGUUAGGAAGAUCAUCACUGAUGGUCAGGAGCAGUGUGGACUCCUGGUGGAGCUGCUACGCCACUUCCAUUCCCUCAGGUCCACCCUCAGUUCCACUGUAGAGAACGCCUUGACCGUCACUCAUAACCAGCCUGACCACAACCACAACCCAGAGGAGGCCAAGAGAAUACUCUCACGGCACGAGGCAGUGAUAGCUGAGCUGAGAGGAAGACAGGAGGACAUGGACCUGUUCAUCAGUUCAGGAGAGGACCUGCAGAGAGAGCUGGCAAACGUGCCACACUGUAGCUCCGACAGCAUCCAGAGAGGCAUGGACACACUCAGGGACCAGUGGCUGCAGGUAUCAGAGAGGAUCCAGACCAAUGCUGAGAGACUAGGCCAUUGUGUGUCCCUAUGGGAUGACCUUAAGACCAUGGAACGGGAUAUCGACCAAUGGGCAGCAGCCUCCAUCGCUGACCUCACUGAGGGUGUGGCCAAUCUUAGUGACAAGCAGGGGACAGAGACACACCUUGCCACUUUCCAGGCGGAGGUGGAGAGGAGAGAACAGAGGCUGGAUGCCUUGCAGGAGAGGCUGACCAAGCUUCAGGACCUGGCCAAGCUCCAGGAGACACCCAUCCAGCUGCAGGUGAUGGAGUGUGACCUGAGGAAGAAGAUCAGUCAUGCCCAGGAGGUGUUUGACCAGGCCAGACAUUCUCUGACCUACUUCAGCUUCCAGAAGCAGCGCCUGGAGGACCUCAUGUCCCAGAUGGCCGAGCGGCUGGAGACCGUGGAGAGCUCCCUGUCUGACCUGACGGAACCCUCCGGACCAGAGGAUAUGAUUCGAGUCAAGGAUCUCCAAAGUGCCCUCCAGCAGCAGAGGGGUGAUAUAGACAUGGCCAGGGAGACGCUUAGUUCACUCUGUAGGUCCCACCCCUCCCAAGAGCUGACCCAUAUGUCCUCUGACCUCACCCUGCUGGCCAAGAAGACCGAGGCUGCAGCACAGCUCAGCUCCAGGACCCGCGGGACUCUGCAGGACGCACUGCAGCUACGUUUCAACAAGGUCGUUCAAGAGUUUAACUCCUGGCUCUCUGAACGGAAGGCGGAGCUAAAAGAAUGUUCUGACCAAUCAGGAGAUGUCACCUCCCUGGGAAACAAGGUGGAGAGGCUAAAGGUGGCGCAGGAGCGUGUGGAGGAGGGUGAGCAGCACCUUGGCCAGGUGUGUGGCGAGGCAGAGAGGCUGCUGCUCCACCUGCCUAAGGCGGGUUUGGGACAGGUGCAAGAGCGCCUCUCCUCCUGCCAGAGGGACUGGGAGGGGUACAAGGAGGGGUGCAGACAGACCCAACAAGACCUGGAGGAGGGAAUCACCCUACUGACAGAGUUUGAGGGCCGUGUGGAGGGACUAAGGGACUGGCUGGAACAGAUGGAGCGUAGCCUGAAGAGAGAGCCUCCUCUGGGGGGAGAGGAGCAGCCAGGAGUCCCUGACAGCACUGACGAGCUGGAAAGAGUGGAAGAGAUCCACAGAAAGCUGCUGACAAAGAGGAGUUCUCUGGAUCGUCUCAGCCAGGAGGCCCAGUCUCUGCGUGAGGCAGGUCGAGGCUGUGGAGGGGAGCUGAAGGCCACAGCCCAGCUCCAGACCCACCACCAGACCUUGCUGCAGGGGACCAGGGAGCGCCUGAGAGGGUGCCUGGAGAGCCAGGCAUUCGGAGAGACCCUGCAUGGGGUGUGGCUUUGGCUGGAGGACAUCCAGGAGCGUCUGGGAAGUCUGGGGAGCACUAUGGGCAACAAAAAGGAGCUGGAAGAGAGGCUGGAGCAAGUGCAGGACAUCCUGCUUCUGAAGGGUGAGGGCGAGGUGAAGUUGAACAUGGCGGUGGGGAAGGGUGAAUUGGCCAUCAGGAGCAACAGUGCGGUGGCGGGACAGGAAGUGAUCCGCUCUCAGCUGCAGGAAGUGGAGGACGUGUGGGCCACGCUGCUGGUGACCGCCAUGAGCUGCCACAGUCGCCUGGAGUGGACGGUGGCCCAGUGGGGGUGUUACCUGGACAGUGAGGCCCAGCUGCAGUGCUGGUUGGAGGCAGUGGAGGGGGACAUAUGUGGCCCUCUCAUCCCUCAGCCUGGCCUCAGAGAGAAGGCUUCCCAGCUGGAGAGACUGCAGACCCUGCUGGCUGACCUCCAGGAACACCAGGGGUCCCUAUCCAGUCUGGAGGAGAGGGCGGCAGAGCUCUUCAAGAAGACCGGGGAUGCAGCUUUCAGCCAGGAGGCCCGCGCUGAGUUGCAGGGGCAGUUUGAUGACCUCAUAGCACUCGUAGAAGAGAGGGUGGGACUAUCAGAGGGCGUGGUCAGGGAACACCAGCAGUACCUGGAGACUGUGAGGGAGCUCACUGAUUGGCUGAUGUCAGCAGGGGAGGAACUACAGCGCUGGUCUGAUACAUUGGGAGACUCCGUCUCUUUACAGAGGAGGCUAUCAGAAGUGCGGGUAAGAGGACUCCAGAAUACACGAUACCCUGGUCCUAAAUCAACCCCUAGCCACUUCACUUCCCUAACUCAUCACCUGCACUGGCUAAGCUUUUAG